AUGAAAACAUACAUAUUGGUUUUGGUAAUCUUCUACUUAACACACAACUCUGCAUCUUUUCCUCGCUUAACCGAGAACUGUGGACUUGUUACAACAACGCCAGACUCUGUGAUAAGCGAACGCAUUUUGAACGGCACAAACGCAACUCUUGGCGCUUGGCCAUGGAUGGUUGAAAUUUUACAUGAUGGCAGACACCAUUGCGGUGGAGCCCUGAUAACCACCCAACAUGUGCUAACGAGUGCUCACUGUCUAACGAACACAUCCAAGGAAUCAUUUACAGUUUUGAUCGGCAGCUAUUCAAGGAACGAAACAGAAAAAGAAGAAAGGAAGGAACAAAUCGAAACCAUCUGCAUAUACCCUCAAUAUAUGCAAGGCAAACACGAGUAUGACAUUGCCAUCAUAACAUUGCAAAAUCCUGUGGAAUGUUCAGAAGCCAUUAAAACAGUUUGUCUGCCCGACACCAAUGACAAUCCGGAUUGUGACGUUCCCAUGUAUGUUGCUGGAUGGGGAUUCACUGAACCGGUCAUGUGGAAUAACCAGUCUUGGUCUGAAGAUGAGUACCGGUUUGAUGUCGAAGAAGACUCGACGACAGUAAACUCGAACUCCGAAAUGAAUACACAAGAAGUAACUGAAGAGACAACAGAGUAUUCUUACGAGUACGAUGAUGCGACGCCAGGGUACCCGGCAAAAAAUGCAAUUCCGGAUAUGCUCCAAGAAGCCCGAGUUCAGUUAAUCCCAAAUGAAGAAUGCGAUAAGCUGUAUAACGACACGUCCCUUCAUGGAAACAUCGUUUGCGCUAUGCACGACUUUGGAUCUGUAUGCAUGGGCGACAGUGGAGGCCCGCUGGUGUACAAAACAAAGGAUGGCCGCUGGACCUUGAUGGGACUAAUAACCGCCACCGAGAUGCCAUGCAACGUCACCCAUCUCCCCAUGUACUUCCUUAGAAUUAAGCCCUUCAUGGAGAACUUCAUCCUUCCGUGCGUUCAAGAUCCUAGUAAUUGCACAUGCAAGCCAGCAAAUGAUACAGAAUCCUUCACUUAUAAUUAGUGUGUUUUAGAAAAAUCUAAAAACCGGUCUUGUCUGUAUGUUAUUAAAACAAAUACUGAGAUCAUAUGUGCCACCUUCGGGCGAAAUCACUUGUGUUGCAUAUGCGUUUAGCGUUUUACAGAAAUAAAAAGGUAUCUACUUUUU